GAAAGACAGAACCCAAAAACACAAGACAAAACAAAGUGACUGACGAAGGGCUUGAUGUUCAUGGAACGAGGUGAUCAUCCUGGAGGUAUAUAUACCCCUGAGAGGGAUUUCCUCCCGUGCCAGCGGGAUCGGGCGAUGGAGCCCUCCCCCAAGUCUGGAACCCAUGAAUGGAGCUGCACACCCGGCUGAGAGCAUGUUGGGUCCUCUGUGAUCGUGGGACCCGGAUCUUCAAGGCUAAGCUAGCCAAGUGGGUGCGCCGGGUGCCAGUGGAAACUAGGAAGCAAACCAGAGCGGACUACCGUUGUAGGUGGGCUCAUCCAAAACAAACUAAGCGGAACGAGAAUACUAUUUCGGGGAACGGGGUAUCCUGGACAGAGAAGGUAUUAGUUCCGAGCUUUUUGCGGGUCACCUCUGACCUUUUCCGUCCAUAGUAGUAAUAUUUUGUCAAGCAAAGGCGCUGUAAGCAGGGGGAAGAGCCU